CAUUAGCAUAUCGAUACCAACAACAUGGCCGUCAGUGUGUGACCGCUUCAAAGAUAUGCAGCAAUAUUUCGAGAUUUUGCAACAGUGAAUGAAAAGUUUUAAGUGCUUGACACAAGUGUGGAAGAAAUAUGGUUUUCGAAUCCCUUGUUGUUGAUCUAAUCAACAGAUUUCUUGGAGAUUAUGUGGAAAAUCUGGAUAGUUCCCAACUAAAGUUAGGAAUUUGGGGAGGAGAUGCAGUUUUACAAAAUUUGGAUGUAAAAGAAAGUGCAUUGAAUGACCUUGAUCUCCCUGUACGAAUUAAAGCUGGACACAUAGGGAAAUUAACUUUAAAGAUUCCUUGGAAGAAUUUAUAUACUGCACCAGUUAUAGCUGAAAUUGAUGGAAUUUAUGCCUUGGCAGUUCCCAAUGCCUCUAUUAAAUAUAAUGCAGAAAAGGAAGAAAAGACCAAACAAGAUGCAAAACAGAAAAAACUUACACAAAUUGAAGAAGCUAAGAAAAUUGAGGCUGAAAAAGACAAUCCUAAAGAUCCAAAACAAGACAGUUUUGCUGAGAAACUUGCCACACAAGUCAUUAAAAAUAUCCAGGUUCGAGUUUCCAAUAUACAUGUUAGAUAUGAGGAUAAUCUAACUAAUCCCAAACAUCCUUUUGCUGUAGGAUUUAUGUUACAAGAUUUACUCUUCCAGACAACAAAUGAUAAAUGGGAACCAACAGUUAUUAAAGAUGCUGUUACAAUGAUUUAUAAAUUAAUGAAAUUGGAUAAUCUAGCUGUAUAUUGGAAUAGUUGUGAUAAAAUGUUUCAAAAUAUGCCAAAAGAAGACAUCUUGCCUGCCUUAAAAGCAACUUUUGCAGAUGAAGAAUGUAAAAAGAAUUUGCAAUAUUUAAUAAAACCUAUAUCAUCAGUUGCUCAUCUUAAACUUAAUACCAAGCCUGAACAAUCCAAAUUUUCUAUACCUAAGUUAUUUCUUACCGUUGUUUUUGAUGAUGUAGCAAUAAGUCUGAGUAAACUACAGUAUAAUGAUGUGUUAGAAACACUGGAAUCUUUAGAGAGAAUGGCCUUAUUAGGUAUUUAUAGAAAAUAUAAACCUGAUGUUCCAUUUAAAGGAAAUGUCAAAAGAUGGUGGCAUUAUGCGUAUGAAAGUGUUCUAGAAGAAACUGUUCGGCGAAGAAGAAAAAUGUGGUCGUGGAAUAAUAUUAUUAAACAUCGCAAAAUGAUGAAAUCCUACCGAGACACUUAUAUAAAAAAAAUAGAUAACAAGAAAGUGUCUUCUAGUGAACAGAAAGUAUUAGAUGAAGGGGAGAAGUAUUUAGAUAUAUUUAGUAUAACUAUAAUGAGACAACAAGCUGAAGUAGAAGCAUCUAAACUUGGGGCUAAAAGAAAAGAAGAGAAGAGUAGUGGUUGGCUCGGUGGAUGGUUCGGUGGUGGGAAGAAAGAUAAAAGUAAUAGUGAUAAGAAUAAAACUGAAAUAAAGGAUCAGUUCUUUGAGAUGUAUACACCGGAAGAAAAGGCUAAAUUAUAUGGUGCUAUUGGUUAUUCUGAAAAUGAAGCUGAUCCAACUUACCCUAAAGAGUUUGUAGCUGUGAGAUUAGUAACUAAGUUAAGUAAGCUCAGUGUUGCUCUUCAAGAUACAACUAAAGAAGAUCCUAUGAUAAUGAAGUUAAUAUUAAAAGAGGUCUUCUCUUCUGUUGGUCAAAGACCAGCAGCUAGUGCAAUUAGUGUUGAAGCUAAAAUAGACAGGCUGUCUGUAUCAGGAACAACACAGAAUAAAAUCAAACCAAAAUUAGUUCUAUCACAGACUCAAGAAUUAGAUCAGAAUUUUUCAUUGCUUGCUGUUAAUUUUGAAACUAAUCCACUUGAUGGUGAUUGUGAUACAAGAGUUAAACUCAAGUCCAGACCAUUAGAAAUAACUUAUGAUGCUAUUACAAUAAAUCAAUUAGCAAGCUUCUUUAAGCCUCCAGAAUCUGUCUUCCUUAAACAAUUAUCAAAUGCUGCCAUGGCUAAAUUUGAUGAGAUUAAGGAACAAUCUACAGCAGGGUUACAACAUGCUAUAGAACAGAGAAAAUAUACUGAAAUCUCUGUAGAUGUAAUGUCAUCAUAUGUUAUGGUACCUGAAGGAGGGUUCAUGAAAGAAGGUGUAAAAAGUAUAGUAUUAGAUUUAGGUAAUCUAAAAGUCUCUACAGAAAAGAACCAGUCAGUUGAUUUGAAGGGAAAGGUUGAUUCAUUUGAGAAUUUAAUGAACAAGGCAUAUGAUAAAUUUAAUAUUAGAUUAGAUACAAUACAGUUGCUGUUUGUUCAACCAGGAGAAAACUGGAAGAAAGCAAGAAAAGAUAAAGAAUCAUCAAUGCAUUUGUUACGACCUGUGUCUAUUAUAAUAGAUUUACAUAAAUGUAUGUUUGAUAAAGAUCCCAGAAUGGCCAAGAUGAAAGUAUUUGGUUUGUUACCAAAUAUAAAAUUAGAUAUAUCUGAUUAUCGUCUACAACAACUGAUAGCUCUGGCUGAUAGUAUACCAUUACCUGAAUCAGCACCAGAACAACCUGAAGAAGAAGAUAUCUUUCAGGGUCCAAGUAUAUUACCAUCAAUAACAGCUGAUGCGCCAUCGUCAACUAUUAUUAAUAAAGCUUUAUCAGAUGAUAAUAAAAACAAGAAACAGGCUAUACAGAGAACUACAUCACAAGAAUUUGUUAAUGCUACUGAUAUGGAACUCAAGUUUGAAAUCAAGGAGAUUGAAGUUAACAUACAUGAACAAGUUGAUAAUAAAGAAGUACCCUUAAUGAAAUUAGCUGUUAAAUCUAUUGGUACAAUGGUUAAGAUGAGAACAUUUGAUAUGGCGGUAGAGGCUUAUUUAGGUGGUAUCUUUAUUCAACAUCAGAAAUUUAAAGUUCAUCCUGAUGUGGCAGAAUGGAUGCAAAAUAAUAAAGCACUGAAAACUGGACCAGUGAUUAAUCUAGUCAACACCAAUGUGGAGUCAGAAAAUGCUAAAAAUCUUUUAACCGUUCAUUACCUAAAGGCUAAUAAAGCCGGACCUGAAUUCACCACAACAUAUAAGAACACAGAGCAAUCUAUAUCUGUAACAUUUGCUGCUUUAGAGAUGUUGUUGCAUCAAGGUGCCAUCUUAAAUCUACUGGAAUUUGCCCAGAAACUUCAACCUCCUCCAUCUGCAAAAGCUGUAGCUGUAGAAAAAAAGAAAGAAAAGACUAAAGAGAAAGCACCUCCUAGAAAGAGAAAAGAGAAGCCAGUAGAUCCUAAUCUAAUAGACAUACAGGUUAAUGCUAAAUUCAGUAGGUUUUCUGUAGCGGUAUGUACAGAUGAUAAACUGCUUACAGAUAUCAAAAUCAAAGGUAUUGAUGCUAAUGUAAGUGUUCAAAAAGCUAAAACAACUGUGGGAGCUUUAUUAAGAGAAAUAACAAUAUUUGAUCCUUCCUCUGGAUCACUAUAUCCUAAGAUAAUGGAGAUAGAAGGUAGUGAAGUAUUAAAGUUAGAUGUAGUGGUAUAUAAUAAUGGUACAGAUGGUGAUAAGUAUGGUGAUAUGACAUGUAUGGAUACACAACUUGGUGUAAAUAUAGGAUGUAUUAAACUUGUCUUCUUAAAUAGAUAUGUUGCAGAUUUAUUGAAAUUCUUGGAUAAUUUCCAAGCAGCUAAAGCACGUAUUCAAGAAGCGGGAGAAGCCAUGGCCGAAUAUUCUAAAGAGGUGGCAGCUAGUCUACAAGAAAAGGCACCACGAGUUGGAAUGAACAUCAAAAUGAAGGCACCAUUAAUAAUAGUGCCACAGAAAUCUACCUCUAAUAAUCUAUUAAUGAUGGAUCUUGGUGAUUUAGUUAUUGGCAAUAAUUUCAACUUAGCUGGACAGAAAUCAUCCAGUGGUGUUCCUGCUGUACUUGAUAAAAUGAAAAUAGUUCUCAAUGAAGUUAAAUUAUCAAGAGCCUAUAUGAAAGAGGGUGGUGAGAUAACAGCUGAAUGUUUAAUAUUAGAACCUCUAACUAUAAGUAUUGAUAUAUGUCGUAAUUUAUCAGCUGCCUGGUAUCAUGGUCAUCCUGAAGUAGAUAUCAGUGGAAUACUUCAAUCUAUUGAUGUAAGAUUAAGUCAAGGUGAUUUUGCAAUGAUUAUGAUGUUAACUAAUGAAAAUCUAACAGAAGGACAAGGCAUUAGUACACCACAACAAGCACAACCAACCAUUGAACCUGUUAAAUCAACUGAAACACAGAUACAGGCAAAGAAAGCUGAUAAUCUUAAUGCAGCUCCCAAAAUAAAUGGUUUAUCAGAACCACAAUCAUCUGAAGUGGCCUAUUCUAAAAUGAAAUUUCAUUUUGAAUUAAAAAAUUUAUCUGCUACAUUAUAUACUGGUGAUAGUGAUAUGUCUGGGGGGAUUUCAAAACGUAAGCCAGAGAAAUCCCUUGGUAAAUUCGCUCUUCAAGGUAUGGCUCUUUGUGGUGAAAUGAUGUCUGAUACCUCCAUGGAGACUAAAGUUGUUCUUAAGGACACUGUUCUUGAUGAUCUUCGACCUGCUAAACAGAAGGGUAUUACAAGAAUGAUAACUAGAAGUAUAUUAGUAGCAGGUGGACCAGCUAGAGAUAACAUGAUAGAUAUAGACUUUACACAGAAUUCUACACAAGAUAAAAAUGUAACUAUAACUGUAUGUAGUUUGAAAAUCUGUGUUUGUGUCGAGUUCCUCAUGACACUGGGAGAUUUCUUUACUAAAGGUUUAGCCCCUGCUCCAUCUGUUGCUCCUGUUGCAAAAGACACUAAAGAAACAGCAGCACCACCAGUAAAACCAGCAGAACCUGCCCCCCCACCAGUUGGUGAAAUGAAUAUAAUAUUUACUAUAGAACGACCAGAAAUUAUACUUCUAGAAGAUCAGCUUGAACCUAAUACUAAUGUACUUGUCUUAGAUACUGAAGUGUUCUUUAAGAUGAGAAAUACACCUGAUGUACAAACUAUGCAGGGAGCCAUUAAAAAUCUCCAGAUUAAAUCGUGUUUAUAUAAUAGAAGAGAAGGACCUGGUACUAAGAUUUUACCAGCUUGUGAUAUAAAUUUAGUGAGUAGUGCACCACAUGGUAGAGAUCAUCAUAUAGAUAUAAACAUCACAGAUAUAAUAUUAAAUAUAUCACCAGCUACUAUUAGAACAAUGGCUGCUAUAUCUAGUGGUUUCUCUGUACAACCAGAUACAGAUGAUAAAAAGAAGCAAGAAAGUGUACCAGCUGAUCUGUGGGCUGUAAAGAAACUAAAUGAAAACAAGGAUUUCUGGUUCAUCCAACUACCAGACAGAUAUAAGGAUAAUAUAUCUGGUGUUGCAAGUACCAGCCCUGUUAAAGGUCCUUCUGAAAGAGAAGAACAGGUUCCCAAAGUACACCGUAAAGAGCAGAUGAUUAUAAAUUUAUCAUCAUUAAUCAUAAAACUGGAAGGAGGAAUUGGGAAGAGAACUGUCCCCCUUCUCAUAGUGGAAUCAUAUUUCCAAGGAGAAGUGAAAAAUUGGAGUUCACAGUUACAAGUAGAAUCAUCUCUAGGUGUAGAAGUAGCAUAUUAUAAUGAGUUAUUAGCUGUAUGGGAACCAUUAUUAGAACCUGUUGUUAAAGAUGGUAAAGUAAAUCGUUGGGAACUAGGUCUAGCUGUGUUGGCCAGUAAUGAAGAAGUAACUGCAAUGAAUGAUUCUUUUAGUGAAGAUGGUGAGAGUGCUGUAGAUGUUAAACCCCCACCUCCACCCAGAAUGACUAUAAAUAUCAAAUCUACUGAUAUAUUAAAUAUUACUAUGACUAAAACAUGUUUAGAAGUCUUGGGUAAUCUAGGAAAGGCAUUUAAUGAUGCUUACAAUUUGGUAGAUCAAGCAGUAUCUAAAGAUGAAGUAUUAAGUCCAUAUAUAUUUAAAAACCAGACAGGGUUAGAUCUACUGUUAAAACUUGAUACAAGCUUCCAGAGUCCUGAAAAUAGUGAGAAUGGUCGAGUUAAACUAGCUAGUGAUCAACAACUACCAACGUAUGAAAAACCUGGUUCGGUUAUGUCUAUGUCACCUAAAAAAUCUGUUAUUAAAUCUACACAACAAGGUGUUGAGAAGAAAAUCAUAUUCCAGGUUGAACAGUUUGGAGCAACAAGGGAAGUAAUUAUCAAAAGAGCGGAGAAACGAUUAUUCCAGAUCAAUCAGAAAUCACAUCUAGGUGAUAUGUGGUCAGUUGUAGCAUGUACAGAUGUUAAUGUAGGACAGAAGAUCGUAUCUCUCAGAUCAAUUAUACAGAUGGUAAAUAAUUUAGAUAUACCUGUCGAGAUAUUAUAUAAAGGUGAUACUAAGUUAGAGACAUGUGGUAUAGCACAUCCUGGUGAAACAUUCAGUGUACCACUUAAAGCUGUUUAUAGUUUAUCUGGUGAAAUAUAUUUUAAACCACUAGGCGGAGAGUAUAUGGAGUCUGAAAUGGGUUUUAAAUGGAAGGAUAGUGAAACAUGUAAUAUUAAACAAAUAUGUUGUAAAAAUUCACCAGGACAACCAUCAUUAUAUUUUAAUGUGAGUCCAACAAUAGAAGAUAUAUAUUUUGAAGCAGGAAAUGAGAAGACAGCUAAAUACUAUAUACUAAAUCUACACCCUACUGUAAUACUACAUAAUCUAUUGCCUAUAUCUAUCAAAUAUUUACUAGAGGGAACUUCUGAACAACAAGCAUUGGACAAUGGACAGAACAUACCAUUGUUUAAUGCUUCUGUUAAUGAGAGUACUCUAGAAUUAACUGCCUUGGAGAUAGUGCUACCAAAUUAUCGUGGAAGAGAAUGGACGGGAAAGAGAAUUCUUAAGAUGGACAUACCCGAAUUAUCUGUAUGGAAUUUUGAAACUUAUGAAGGCAGUACUAAAAUAACAAUGGAUCUUGGUCUACAUACUAAAAUAAAUAAUGGUAGUUUUGAUGUAACCUUGUUCAGUCCAUAUUGGAUGAUAAAUAAAACUGGUCAAACCUUGUUCUAUCAGGGUUCUGAUUCCAAUGAACCUAUUGAACAUCCACCAAUAUUUGAUGGCUGUAUUUUGUUCUCAUUUAAACCUAAAUCUAUGUUUAGUAAGAAAAAAAAAAUUAAUUCGGAAAAGUCUGAUGAUAAAAAAGCUGUUAAAGUGAAAGAAAUGAAACAGAUUGGUAAAGCUAUGUUAAGAUUAGGAGAAACUACAGAAUGGUCUGAUAAAUUUUCUCUAGAUACUGUAGGAAGUUCAGGAACAGUACAGUGUAAAAAUAAAUCUGAAGAAAGGAUAUAUGAGGUUGGUGUAAAGAUAUCUCUAACUAGUGCUGGUUUAACAAAGAUUGUAACAUUUACACCAUUUUAUCUUCUACUCAAUACAGCUGAUUAUGUUCUACAGUGUGCUGAAUUCAAUGACAAAGUUAAAGAACUGAAAUGGUUCAAUAUUCAACCACAAGAGUGUUUACCAUUCUGGCCAGAACAGAAAGAUAUGAAACUUAAGGCUAGAGUUGCUGAUACUGUAGUUACUACAGGACCUUUCUUUAUAAAUAAAGCACAUAUUAGUCUGAUGAAACUAGAAAACGAGUAUGGUGGAAUACAAGUGGAAUGUAAUGUUUCUGAAGCUGCCAUGGUUACAUCAUUUAAAAGUUAUAAAUCUGGUUUUGCAACAGUCAACAUUGUUAACUUCACCAGUUCAGGAACAGUUCAUUAUAAUCAGAACGGUCACCCAAUUAUUCACACAUUGGAUCGUGAACAAUCAAUUAUUUAUACAUGGGAAGAUAUACUGGGCAAGCAACAAUUAAUAUGGAGUUGUGGACAAGUGAAAGAUAUGAAAACUGAUCUUCUUAAGGAUGAAUCAGGAGAAUUUUUCUUAGAUGAUGAUACAAAGAUAUAUUGGGUAUCAUUCUUAGAUGGAUUACAGAGAGUGUUAUUAUUUACUGAAGAUUGUUUAAUAGCUAGACUAGCUAAAGAAGCCGAUGAGUUAGAGAGAAUGGAUCAAGAAAUAGUUGUAUCUAUUGUUGGUAUGGGUUUUUCAUUGGUUAAUAAUUAUUCACAAACUGAAGUAGCAUUUAUGGGAAUAACAAGUUCUGGUAUUAUUUGGGAAGAGAAGAAGAAGAAAUUUAAAGGGUUAAAUGUAAAAACAACAAAUAUAUUGGAAGCAGCAUAUCAGAAAUAUAUGCUAGCAUUAGCUGCAGGUCAUAGUCCAGCUGCUAGAUUACAUCUAGACAAUAAAAUAGAGGUUGAUUUUAGUGAUAAAGAUAACAUAAUGAUGAUAAAACCACAUAAUAGACAAAUCAAGAGAAGUUUUGUAGAUGGUAUAUGGAUUCAAUAUAAAACAUCAGUUCAUCAUUUACAGUUCCAUGCCAAGUUAAACAGACUUCAGUUUGAUAAUCAGUUAACUCAAGCCACGUUUCCUACAGUGUUAUCUCCCUUACCACCACCUAAAUCUGUAGCUGCUGAAAGUGUUCCAAAACCAUUUACUGAAGUCAGUAUGUUAAUGAGGAAACAUGAACAUAGCAAUGUAAUGCAAAUAACAUAUUUUAGAGCAUUAAUACAGGAAAUGGCGUUGAAUGUUGAUCAAGGAUUUUUGAAUGCUAUAUUAGAAUUGUUUGCUGCUGAUCAACGUGUUUCUAGAGAAACUGAGACUAAGCUGUUUGAAACUGAUUUACAGAAGAUAGAUUCUGAGUUAUUAGAUGUUGUUGGUGUAUCUUUAGCUGAAGAACAGAAGAAUUACUAUGACGAUUUACAUUUCUCACCUAUCAAGAUACAUCUAAGCUUUUCUUUACAAAGUGGUUCCAGUGAAGAUGGUAAACCCACAGAGAUUAAAUCUGAUAUAGUCAAUGUGUUCUUACAGAGUGUAGGAGUUGUACUUACUGAUGUACAAGAUGUCGUCUUCAAAUUGGGGUAUUUUGAGAGAAAACAUGCCUUCUAUAACCAAUCACAGUUAAUACAAGAAAUGACGAGACAUUAUGCUGGACAGGCUAUUAAACAGAUGUAUGUAUUAGUAUUAGGAUUAGAUGUAUUAGGUAAUCCAUUUGGAUUAUUACGUGGAUUAUCAGAAGGUGUAGGAGAUCUCUUCUAUGAACCAUACCAGGGAUUGAUUCAAGGACCUGAAGAGUUUGCGGAAGGAAUGGUAAUAGGUGUCAGAAGUUUGUUUGGUCACGCCAUAGGUGGAGCUGCUGGAGCAGCAUCUAGAAUAACUGGAACUGUGGGGAAAGGGAUUGCUACUUUAACCAUGGAUGAUGAUUACCAGAAGAAACGACGUGAACAGUUAAAUAAAAAACCUGCCACAGCAGCAGAAGGAUUUGCUCGAGGUGGAAAAGGUUUUGUAACAGGUGUCUUUGAUGGUGUAACUGGUAUAGUUAGAAAACCUAUAGAAGGGGCUCAGAAAGAAGGUGUAGGAGGUUUCUUUAAAGGAGUAGGUAAAGGUUUAGUAGGAGUUGUAACGAGACCAACUAGUGGUGCUAUAGAUUUUGCUAGUAGUUCAUUGGAAGGAAUAAGACGUAUAACUGAUAUGAGUGAUGAAAUUCGAAGAUUACGACCACCAAGAAGAUUUCACAGUGAUCAUGUAAUGAGACCAUAUAAUCAUCAAGAAGCAGAAGGUUACGCUAUUCUUAUGGAAACUGAAAAAGCUAAAUAUUCUGUAUCUGAUGAAUAUCAGGCUCAUGUCGUAGUUAGUAAAGAUAAAAAAUCAGUGUUUUUAGUUACAGACUUGCGUGUUUUAUUGGUAAAGAAAGGUGAUUUAUUUGGUGCUUGGGACUGUGAUUGGACAUACACGUGGACUGAAAUAAAAGAAAGACCUAAGAAAACACCGAAAGGCUUGGAGCUCAUAUUAAAGGAAAAAGAAAAGAAGAAAUUUUUUGGUAGUAAUGCAAAUAAAAAAGAAAUCCCUAUUGCUGAUGAAAAAGUGUUAGAUUGGAUUAUAAUUAAAAUAGAAGAAGCCAUGAACAGAUUAAAAUAAUUCAUUCUACAAAUUUCUAUAUCCUUCAACAUGAUUAGUCAAGAUAGAAAUAUAAAGCUGAUUGGUCCAAGAGUCCAUAUUUUUUACUAAAUUUACAUUGUUUCUGUUUUGAGUCAUGGAGUUAAAAAUAUAAAAAACCUUUUUCAUCUUCAUAUCAUCUUUAUAUGUUUUCAUUCUAAAGGAUUGUUAGUAAAAUAUUUUUUAUAAAAGUCGGUGAAGGCUAGCUGCUUUCCUUUCUGCAAAUAAAAUUAGUUAUGAUUCUAUGAAUAUCUGUCAAUACUCAUAUAUAUAUAUAUAUAAAUAUAUUUAGCGUAUAAGAAACAUCUAUAUGUAUAUUAUCAUAUAUAAUAGAUGCUAUAAAAUGGUAUAUUAUCAUAUAUUAUACAUGCUAUAAAAUGGCUAUCACUUCAUGCUGAUCGUUGCAUUCCAUUAUAUAUGUGGUAAUAAAAUGUCUUAAAAUCGUAGUCUAGACUAGAAAGUAUAAAGACCUUGAUAGAUUAGCUGAUCUUUCACCAGAUAAUUGGUCGUUUGUUGAAAAAUCAGGUUAUAAUGUAUUUAAUCUUGAAUCUGAAGAAAAUCUUGAAUAUAAAUUGUACAAUGUGUGACACCUUUAUUUGUGCCCUUAGAAAUAUUGUAGAGAUGUGAUUUUCAUUGAUUUUGUUAAGUUUGAAUGUUUGAUGUGUUAUUUUGUUAUUUCAGUGCUUUUUAUAAUCUACUUACUUUACUUAUAUUGUUCUUAAUUGUCCCCCGCAUUUCGAAGAAAGCAGGAAACUAUUAAAAUGGGUUCGUCUGUCUAUCUGUCCGUCACACUUUUUGAGACACAAUAACUCUCUUUCUAAUUGAGCUAGAAUGUUCAAACUUGGUGUAGGUGUUUAUUGGGUCAAUGCCUUGAUGAGUUCGAAGAUGAGCAUUUUCUGCUUAGGGUAAGCAGAGAUAAGCAAUUUGAUUGGUUGAUGGUUUGGGACACGAUAACUUUAGUUCUAAUUAAGUGACAGUGAGGGCACUUGCUGUAUAGCUUUAUCACAUCAAUACCUUGACUAAGUUGGAUAAUGAACAAUUUCUGCUGAGGGUAAGCAGAGCGAUAAACAAUUUGAUUGUACAGACUUUGGAACACUAUAACUCUCCUUCUAAUUGAGGUAGAAUUUUCAAACUUGGUGUGGGCGUUCAAUAGGUGAAUACCUUGAUGGAGUUCGAUGAUGAACAUUGUCUGCUUACGGUAAGCAGAGAUAAGCAAUCUGAUUGGUUGUUGCUUUGGGGCACAAUAACUUUGAUUAUAAUGAAGUGAAAUUGUUGAAACUCUGAAUAUAGAUUCAUUAUAUCGUUACCGUGACUAAGUUCGAUGGUGAGUGAUGCAACUUAGUAUAUAGUUUGAUUGCUCGAUACUUUUGAAAAAAAUAAAUGUGCGAUUAAUUAAUAUAUGUCAUCUAUUUAUUUUGGGAUUUUGGCGGAGGACAUCAGCCUCACUGUUGGCUUGUUGAUUUACAUUAAAAGGCCAUACCAAUGUGAACUUUUGUUCUUUGGGAACAACUAAUAAAAUAUUGUGUCCUAUUUAAUAGGGAAUAAAUAAUAAUUUAACAACCAAAAAUACUAAAUCAAGACCCCUAAGAACUAGAAAUUAUAUUGUUUUGGCCUAAACAAAUUCUACUUUCAAUAUUAUCCUGAUCUCACGUGGAAAAUAGUCUGGAAGUUAUCAAAUUAAUAAACUAUUUAUUUUGUCUUCUUUUAACAACAUAGUGAGUGCAAUCUGAUUUAUUUAUUGUUAUCUGGUGCUAUCGGGAUUGUUGAGUAGUUACCGUUGUUUUAAAAUGUUGUUUUUAAAAUGAUUACGUAUCUAAUAAAAUGUCUAGGAAAAUGGUGUAGUUCUACAUACUUCCCAAUAAAAAUCUCCUUUAUCAAAAUAAAAAGAUGGAGCAGAUGAAUUUCUAAUUUCACAAGAUUUAAAGACAAAAGAAAUAACCAUUAUUUAUUUUGAGUUAUUUUGUUAAAAGUCAUUAGUAGGGUCAUUGUGUGUAUUCAUAAAUGUGAUGAAGUAUCAGUUUAUUGAUAUAAAUCUAGUUUGCUUAUGGUAAUACUGUUUACAAUAUACUAUGAUACUUACUAAUGACUUGACAAAAUAUAGUUCUAUAUCUUUCUGUGAUAUCUAUUUAGUUAUCUUUAUUACCAAGUAUCACAGUACUAUCAUGGUUGUUGGAUGUUACAGUUUUCUAUUUGUUAACCCCUUUUUAGCUAUAAUGUUAUUCUUAUGCAUGAACAUUUAUAUAUACUGUUAGUAGAAUAGAUAUUUCUAUGUAUGAUGUUUUAUUAGGAAAAAAAAAUAUCAAAAGAAAUUCAGGAACAUGAAAUCCCAAAAUCAAAUAUUGAGUAAAUUUUUUUUGUGCAAUACAAAGUUUAAAAAAUGAAAUAUUGUGAUGAAAAUUACUAAAAAGCAGAAUUUAAUUGAAAAAAAAUGAAACCAUAGUUAAUGAAUCAUUAAAAUUUAAUGAAUCAUUAAACAAAUUGUUUAGUUUUAUACAAAAUACAUUUGGAUGUUUUGUUUUUCUGAUUGUAAAUUUGCUUAGAAUUCAGAUUCAGGAAAUGCUUAUCAAGGUGGAGAGUAAUUGAAUUGUAUUCCAGUAUGAUAUGCCUAUUGGCGUCACAGCUUAUACUUUAUAAAUUUUAUAUUAUGUCCCUUUAUAACAGUUUUAGGGUGUUUUUUUCCUUCUAAUGGCUUUGUUGUUUGUGUCUGUAGUAAAUAGCAAAGAAUAAAAGGUUUUGUAAAAUGGA